AUGGCAACACAAAAUGAGGAUUUGCAUGUCUCCGACAACACCACACAACAGGUAACUCCACAUCAUGAAGAGCGUCCAGACUACUCCAAUGUUAUGAAUGCCACACAGGAACCGUUGAUUGAACAAGAUGAGUUUCAGCAUGGCAUAGUCGGAGUGGGAGUUGAUAAUGAGACAAAUGAGCUCUUGAAUCUCUAUGAGGCUUAUGUAAAGGAGAAAGAGGCCGAAACAGAACCUACAGUUGUACAAGGAGGGACCACCUUUGGAAGUACUGAACAUUCAACACCUGAUUCUGAACGAGUUCCACAUAAUGAAGAUGAGGAGCGUAAUGUAUUUGAAUCUGAGCACCAGAGGAGAAGAAUAUCAUGUGAUACAGUUUAUUCAUGUGAGCAUUUGUCGACACAUAGUGGAAAGAAGCCAUAUGGUUGUGAUGUAUGUAGCAAAUGUUUUAACAGAAAAUCAACAUUGAAAAAGCAUUUGUUGAUACAUGCUGAUGAUAAGUCGUAUUAA